CCUUUGGGGCAUCCUCCUGCCUGCCUUCCGUGCCAAGCCCUUCUGGCCACAAAGCUCCUCCCGCGCCUAGUCCCCUUCUUCCCUCCGGCCCGGGGCCCUCCUCCAUCGGGGCGGAGUUGGUCCAGCCCUGGCCCCAUCCCUCCCCAUCGCCGCUGCCCUCCUUGGCUGCGGGGCUGCCUCCAGGAUGGAGGGCGUCGGCGGUGGUGGCUGCUCCUGGGCGGCCUUCGGGUGCCCCAUCUGCCUGGAGGCGCUGCGGGACCCGGUGACGCUGCCCUGCGGCCACAACUUCUGCCUGCGCUGCCUGGAGGCCCACCGCCUCUGCCCCGCCGCCGGAGACCAGGGCAGCCCCUCCGCCGCCGCCGCCGCCUCGUCCUCUGGCUCCUCCUCUGGCUCCUCGCGGUGCCCCUUGUGCCAGGAGCCCUUCCCGGCCCAGCUCCAGCUCCGCAAGAACCACGCCUUGGCCGAGCUCCUCCAGCUCCGCACGAACCCCCAGAUGGAGCCCCGGGAGGAGGAUGGAGAUGGAGGAGGAGGAGGAGAAGCCCAGCCCGAGCAGGACGGCUCCAAGGCGGAGGAGGCAGGGGUGCUGUGCGACUUCUGCACGGGGGACUCGCGGGCCUUGGCCUCGCAGUCCUGCCUGGUCUGCCUGGCCUCCUUCUGCGGGCCCCACCUGCAGCCCCACCUGCGCAGCCCGGCCUUCCAGGCCCACCGCCUGGUGCCCCCCCUGAGGCACAUCGAGGAGAGCCUCUGCAAGCUCCACCUCCGGCCCCUCGAGGCCUUCUGCCGCCGGGACCGGGCCCCCGUCUGCCCGCUCUGCGCCGCCCAGGAGCACCAGGGACACCCCAUGGUCGCCCUCCAGCACCAGAGCCAGCACCUCCAGGCCCAAAGACCAAAAAUCUUGAGCAGUGUAGAGAAUCAGCUGGAUGAACUUGGAGUCCUUAUUGCCCAGACAAAGAGAACAAUCGACCUUAUCAAAGGCACUGCUCAGAAGGAGAAGGAAAAGGUCAUCAAACUCUUUGUUGAGACAGCCCGGGUCCUUGCAGCAUUUCAGAAGGAAGUUCUUGAAUUCAUUGAUGAUGGUGAAAGAACCAUGCUGAGUGGGGCAGAAGAGGAGCUGAGGCAGAAGGAAGAGAGACACACCACGCUGAAUGAAUGUAGGCAGAAGCUGGAGAAGAUCCCCUGCACAGACACUAUCUCUUUCAUACAGGAGUUCCAAGCACUGCAAAUAGCUGCCGAAGAGAAAAACUUCCCAUGUACAGGCUUCUCAAAAGAACUGAAUUUUAUCAAAUCAAGCCAGGCAGUGUUUACUGUCAAGGAGUUACUAGUGAACAUUUGCAAGAACCAAUGGGACCAGCUUUCAGGGAAAGGAGAUGGUGGAUCCAUUCCUUAUGGUAUGCCAGAAGUGACUGUGGGGCCCCAGAUUUCUGACAAAAACACCAACUCUGCCUUUCUGGAGUCACGAGACUACUUUCUCAAAUUUGCUUUCAUCAUUGAUUUGGACAGCGAUACGGCUGACAAGUUUCUCCAGCUGUUUGGCACCAAGGGGGCCAAGCGUGUGCUGAAUCCCAUUGGCUACCCUCAGAGCUCAACCAGGUUUAUUAACUGUGAGCAGGUGCUGGGUGAGAACAUCAUGAACCGGGGCAACUAUUAUUGGGAAGUGGAGAUCAUCGAUGGCUGGGUGAGCAUCGGGGUCAUCACAGAAGACUUCAACCCGCAGGAGUCAUAUGACACAGGCCGUCUGGGCAGGAAUGAGAAAUCCUGCUGUCUACAAUGGAAUGGGCAGAACUAUAUUGCCUGGUUUGGGGGUUUUGACUGUGUGAUACAGCAGCCUUUCUUCCACACUAUUGGGGUGUUCUUGGAGUACUCUGAGAAGGUGCUGACUUUCUUUGGAGUGAAGGAUGCCAAGACAACGUGCCUACAGCAGUUCAAAGUUGCUCGCUUCAAACAAGGCCAUUUUGACCCCUUCCAGAAUAAGAUCAACCACCAGUUUCCUAUGCUCUUUAACCACAAUCUCAAGCCAGCUUUUUUCCUUGAAAGUGUAGAUGCCCACAUGCAACUUGGGCCUUUAAAGAAAGACUGUGUCUCUGUGCUGAAACGACGUUAAUGCACUUAACAUAUGGGAGAGAACACAGGAUUCAGGAAAGAUUAACACGAAGUCUGUGUUGGAGCAUUAUGUCACCUCAGUGAUUUAGAAUUGAAAGCCUUGUUCUUAUCUUAGUCACUACCACCAUUGAAUAAUUUGAUAGGUAGCUUUAAACAUGAAGGGCAUUUGCUGUGAUCACUUUUUCUUCUCCUUGGUUUUUUAAUCAGGGAUAGCACAUUUUAGGGCUUCUGCCUGCUGGGCCUAAUUCAAAACCCUAAGCUUGUUUUUCUUUCACAUCGUGUUUUGAAUUGUUGCACUUCUCUUUCUGUAUAAACCUAUUGGUAUUGUUAAAAAAACCAACAGUACACACUUGCACUAAAAAUCAACACACCAAAGUACAGUACAAUAGACCUGGCUCUAGUCCCUGAUCCAGAAUGACCAGAACUGGAAUGCCAGUGUCUGCAUUUUUUAAAAACACAGUAGAUGAGGUAGUGAGGAUAAUUACAGGACAUGAACCAAUCAUUGACACCCCCUUAUAGAAAUAUUUUGGAUCAGGGUAUUCUCUGCACAAGAAAAAGUUGACUGUCCAUUCAGUUACUUAAAUCCAGAUUGGACAAAGUACUGGAUGACACAUUAUGUCAGCCUCCUCCAAUAUGGUGCCCUCCAGAUAGUUGGAUUGCAAUUUGGAGCUGGCAGGACAUUCCUGGGUGUUGGAGUCCAGCAGCUUGGGGAAGGAUGUUUGGGAAAAUGAUCCAGGAGACUAUUGUUAGCAGUACAGAGUUUUCUCCUUUCUAUUCCUGAAUCUCAUUCUUUUCUUGAUUUUAUUUUGGACAGCCAGUUCUCAAGCUGGCAUUUCCACACUAAGAUCUGAUCUGAGUUGUCACCCAUGUAGAUGUGGUAGAUAUUCAGGCAUCCCAUCAGUUGGAACGGGCAGACCACAUUCUUUCCACCUGGGGUUUUCCAUGUGGUUACAGAUUACCAUACACAAUUGUAAAACACUGCUAAAUGCGCCUGUAAGCAAUUUUCUAGUCACAGCAGCACAAAAGGCCAUGCAUGCUUAAUAGACAACAAGAGUUUAUCUAUGCUGCAGACAGCUCCCUCCCUGACACCUAAAUAUAAACAAACAAAAUGGCUGUGCAGGCAGCAAUUGUGACACUGUUCACCAAUCACUGUAUUUGACCAGUAGUAGUUGCCCAUCAUACUUGAAGAAACACAUUCUCCAUUGAACUCACAGUAGCAAGGAAUGCACUGUUGGGUGGGUGUAGGAAUAGAUUCAGACUAGAUUCUUGGAUAUCAGCCUAAAACCUAAGGAUAUAACUCUAAAGUGAAAUUAAGCACCUCUGAGUUGCAGUAUCAUUUGAAUUUGUGGUAGCACAAUAUUGACAUGGUUCCUCGUGAUGCUUAAAGGGAGACAGGAUAAACUGCUUGGGUUUGAGAUUCUAAUAUGUUAAUUACUGCAGAAGGGGAAACAAGCAGGAGGAUGUAUUGCUGUGUUUUCCACUUCCCACUUAAUAUCUUGCUGACUCAGAGUUCUUAAAAAAUAUGCUUUAUUGGAAGCCAUACAGUUGGUAACUCUUGAGAACAGGCCGUAAGCAGGGAUGGAGAGAUACACAGAUCUGAGGCAGAUGACGGAGGUUUUAAUUUUCACAUAGCAAGAAUUAGAAGUGCCCAUAGGUGCCUUCCAGGUAUGUUGGAUGACAUCUUAUAUGAUAACCAAUGGUUGGGGAUGAUGGGAGUUAUAGGCCAACACAUCUGGUACAUGUGCCAAAGACUGACCUAUAAAAUCAACCUUCUCCAGCAAAACAGCUUCCCCAUAAAAUGACACCGUAAACAAUAUUGCGUUCUGAAGUCAAAGGCUUUCAUGGCCGGCAUGCAUAGUUUUCUGUGGGUUUUGGGGCUAUGUGGCCAUGUUCUAGAAGAGUUUAUUUAGGAAUAAACUCUUCUAGAACAUGGCCACAUAGCCUGAAAAACCCAAAGAAAACUAUAAUACUGCACUCAACAUAAUACUGCUGAGAGAAUCCUUGGGGUGGGGAGCAGAAACCAGCAUACCUUCUAAGAGGUUGCAAAACCACUUCUUUAUAGUUGAGUAGUUUGAGUUAACCCGUGAGGAGUUACAAAAUUUCUGUAAGCAUUAAGGAGUCAAAAUAAACCUGAUUUAAAUGAAACUAUUCUAUUUAAGGACAGGGAAUGGUGCUGGAAUUGAUGGUCCAUUGGAUUUCUUCUGUCUCUAGGAUAUAGUAUUGAUUGAUACAAUCUGAUGUGCAAUUAAUGUUAUACUUGAUACAGUGGUAUACAAUUGCAACUGUAAUAUCUUCCAGAUUGUUAAAAUUAAUAUAAAGUUAUGCUCAUGGAAGAGAAGGGGGGGAGUGUUUAGUCUAGAGGCACUACUUUUUUUUUAAUUCCAAGAUUUCUCUUCAUGCAUUCCUUGUAGAGAUAAUAACUAAAUGCUGGUGUGCUCCAGGGAUUCAGUAUUACGGCUACAUUUGGAGGAAUUUACUCCAGUUUAAUAUAAACAUUGUCUACCUCCCAAGGCUUGGUCUUGAUAUAAAACAAAGACUAUUAUGGUAUUGUAUAUGGGAUUAACAUUAUUAUUAAUGAGAUUAAUCAUAAGGUUAAUUGUGUGCGUUCAUUUGUCUUUGCUGUCUGGGUUUUAUUCAGAUUUUUGUGGCUACCAACAAGAAACAGUGAUGUCGCCAUAGCUGGAUUUUUUUUACUUCCACUAGUGCAGCACAACAAAUAACAGCACAAUUCUUAUUGAUUGACUACUAUGCUAGUAGUGUUGUGAUAUUUAAACAAGCCUUUGGGGAUUAACUGGAAUGAUAAUUUGUUACACUGAACUAACUGGCUGUAUUCAUUGUUACUUCUGCACAAAAGGCUAAAGCCAGUAUGUUUGGUCUUUUACAGAGUCUUGUGCAAUUGUUACAUUUCCAAAGCGGAUAUAUAUAUAUAUUUGAGUACUAGAGACCUCCUUGCUUUGGAGAUUCCCACCUCAAAACACACAGUUUCUAUAUCUUCUGAAGUGUGUGAAGAAGUUUAGUUUCUAUUAAACAGUAUGCAAACACAAUCCUGAAUUCUCCGUUGUUCUUUUCAAACUAAGAAUGAAUUCCACUCUGCUUUCUGCUUAUCCUCUAACAGGCUAUUGAGCACUAAGGGAGAGGUAUAAAGGGAAUGCAUUUGUGAGGAGGUUGAGGUAGUGUGGGGAGAUCUCUUGGAAUGGGAAGUGCGGUAUCUAUUUUUUAAAAUGGGUUGGAGAGAUUAAAAGCGGGUGGAUUGGGAAAAAUCUCAAUGGAUUGUCAUGUUAAGGACUAGCAAGAAUUUUGUGUCAAUAUUCAUUCACUUCAUUUUAUACACCUCCUUUUCUAACAGAAGACUCAAGUGAUUUUCAGUUCAAAACAAUGACUUGAAAUCAGAGACACAGGACUUCAAAUGAAAGGAAAGGAAGAAGAGGAUAUUUUUAAAAAUGUGGUUGUCCAGGUAAAAAACCAGGUGGGAUGGUCAUUGCAGGGAACAGUUGUGCAAUGUGAAUCUCUAAAGGACAAUGUGAAAAUCAAAAGGACAAUUGAUCCAAGCCAGGCUGAUGAAAUGGCCUCUAGCAGAUGCAACUUUUCCAGGGGAGGCCCCAAAUUCUCUCUAGGAUGCAGUUGGGUGGAUCAGGAAUAGGCAAGAGCUAGGGCAAUAUGAACAAAUUUAUGAUUUAUUUGGGACAUACUGUUUGUUCUUUUCUUAGUAAUUGCUUGUUCUUUGGCUCACUCUUGCAUGCUGAGAUUAGAAUAUGAACCUUCAAGGCAUGAAACCAUGUAUGAAUGCAGUACAUUUUGAAAUUGUAGAGUAAGGCAGGCUACAGUUUAAGCCUAUCAUACAUUUUCUUUCUUGCAAACUGGCCAAUUUUUUUUUUUAAAUCUGUUUCCGUUUUCUUGUACCUCUUCUGUUCUCCUUAACAGGGCUAGGCAACUCCACCAUGGCUGCUAAUAGGAGUUCAUUUGUGGGUGUAAAUACAGCUCUUGCUUACAACAUCUUAAUUUGGACCAAAGCCCCUGGAAAAAUGAAUGUUUUAUCCACCGCUGAGCCAGCUAGGAAAUUCAUCCCAAAAAAACCCAUGGCAUCAAGCCAUAAUAAACUUAGCACUGUGGUAAAAAUAGCACGCGAAGCCACAGAAAUGCCAAGGUUUUUAAAAAUGUAUGGCUAAAUACCUGCUUCUAAAUUUCAGAUAUUCCCUGUUGCAAAAAUACAAAAAGCCAAGUUCUGCUAGUAGUAGAUACAUAUGACAGCCGUUUUCUUUUUAAGUGGUCUCCAGGUGAUUGUAAUGGAUUUUUGUCAUACUUGUCAUACCAUCCAAAU